UCAAACUCAUCAAAAUUAUGUAAAUUUAAACCACAUAGGUUUUGGUAGUCAGAUAGAUUUUUGCAGAGGGAAAAUCAAAUACUGCUAGAAUAAAUUUCACUUGAAAGAUGGACACAUUACCCGGUGUGACAGAAAUGAUACAGGUCUGGUUAGAGAAAGUUUUUGGUGGAGAUUCUGUACCAUCAUAUGAACUGAAUAAAAGGACUAUAGACACAUUGUAUAGAUUGAUGAAACUAAAUGAAAGUAAAGACCGAGAUACAUCAUUAGUUAUUGAUGAUCUUAGACAGAAAACAGAGGAAUACAACAGUGAAGCAAGAAGACUGGAAAAUCUUUUGAAAAAAAUUAACCUUCCUGUGGCAAAUCUGUCUCAGUCUGGUAUCAUGAGUUUACGUACAUUAGCAAAUGUCGCAUUGUUAAUGCAAACUAAGGAUGUUUCAGAAACCAGUUAUCUAUUGGCACUUCAACAUCUUCAUGAUGAACUGUAUAAAACUUCUGAGGAAUUGAAACGUGAAGAAAGAAUCACACAGACACUUAUAGAAAAAACAAAAUCAGCCAUUCAUAAAUAUAACUGCCUCAAAAAAGCUGCCGAAGACCUGCAGGAACAAAAAUCUAAACAACUUCCUGAAAUGGAAAAGAGAGCAAAAGAAUCGGGAUUUCUUCACAAUAAAGCUAAAGAAUAUAAAGAAAAGAUAAUUCGGUUUCAGAAUGAAUUGGUGAAAAGUAAAGCUGAUCCGUCUAUAUAUCAUGGAUCGUUAAUAAAAAAUUCAGAGGAACUCCAGGCAUUGAAGAGUCAGUUAGCUCCCCUGAAAUCUAAGUUACAAACUUACCAUAGUCUACCACCAGAUUUCUCUCUGACUAAAGUGAAAAUAGAGGAACUCAAACAGGAGCUUGCCAGAUUGGAAUCAGAACUUUCUAGAAGAAUUGACUUGAUGCAUAUGUAAACAAAAAUAGAAGUAAAAUGUUAUAAAUAUUUGACCAAAUAGACUACCUGUUUAUGAUAUAGAUCUAACCUGUUUCCUGAUUGGAAAUGAACUUUAUAUUGUUAAUUUAUGUGAUUAAAAAAUAUCAAGAUUUGAUGUAUGCAUAUAUAUUUAG